AUCCAUCAACAAUCGAAUCUCGCUACCACUCCCUCUCGAUCAUCGUUGUAUCGCUACUCUCAACUGGGAGUCCGCACAUAAGGAUUAUGGCACCAACAACACCAUCCCCGGCCGUGUCUAGCUUCAACGAGCCCUUCAUCUCAGCCCUGGAUGCUGCGGCGCCGGCCAAUGCGAACGAUGACCCAAGUUACUAUGCCCGAUAUCCGCGGUCCCUGAUCACCACCUCUCAUCUCGACGCUUUCAUGACGGGAACUGGAUCUGCAAUCUACGACUCAUUAGUGCCUCUUCUCGAGUCUACUAGCCGCGAGCUUAUUCUGGUCACCUGCUUCUGGGCUAGAUCGACCACUCUGGGAACACUGAACGAAGUCUUGAGAAGACUGUCCGACAAGGCUGUCAGGAGAGGGACGGACAAAAUUAGAGUUCGACUCUGCUUUUCUUCCAGUUCGGUCUUUCAGAAGCUGUUCCAUAAACAAGCCACUUCAGGACAGACAUAUCCGCCUUCAGUAUGGGUUAAGAAGUUGGGCUUACCUGACCCGUCUGAACUCAACGGACUGGACCUCGAGAUCAAGUCCAUAUUCAUACUACCAUUCAGUGUCAUGCACCCCAAGUUCAUUAUCGUCGAUCGGAAGACGGCAGUGUUACCAAGUUGCAAUAUCAGCUGGGAAGAAUGGUUCGAGGGUGCCGUCACCCUUACUGGACCUGUUGUCGAACAGUUCCUCAAAUUCUAUCGCACAUUCUGGGAACGGCGAGAGGAUGCUCCGACUAGUCUUGACGUUCCCGACAGCGCUACGGUAAAGCUUCACGGUGCGCUGAAAUCGUCUGCACUACUGUCGGCUCGCAGUAUACAUACCAUCUUCCUUCCCAGCCCACACCGUCGUAAUCCACGCUUUAGUUUCAUUGGAGCUCAAGACACUCUUCGGGCUCCGCCAACGCCUCUGAACGUCUUCAUACUCACACUCUUCGCAAAGGCCGAGAGAAGCAUUCGUAUUCAAACGCCAAACGUCACCGCACCGCCUGUUUUGUCCGCGAUACUGAGAGCGCUUGCCCGCGGUAUCGAUGUACGCAUUCUGACCUCCGAACGUCUCAUGAUACUCGAGCAGUUGGUCACAGCAGGUACCACAACAUCACGCUGCAUCAAGAAGCUCAUCAAACGCUAUCAACAGCUAACUCGUGAUGGCGGCAAUCCGAAUGAUGAGGAAGCAGCUAUGGCGACUCCUAAGCCCGGUCGCCUACACAUAUCAUACUUCGAGCCGAUCGGCGGGCCUAAGAAGAGAGGCAACGAGGCCGAGGAGCCUCAACAGUCGCAUCUCAAGAUGACCAUUGUAGACGAUGAAGUCCUCGUUCUAGGCUCUGGAAACCUUGACCGGGCGAGUUGGUUCACAAGUCAAGAGCUGGGUGUUGCCUUCUUCGACAAAGAAGUGGUUAAGAAGGUUGGGAAUGCGGUUGACGAAGGUACACAAGGAAGAAGCAAAGUGGUGUUUGAUAGUGAGGGCUAGCAUGUAUCGUGUAAGACGGGCGCUGCCUAGUGCACUGGGCUAAGAGUAUAGCAGUGGCAUCAACGCUCUGUUCUGUUAACCGUCAAAACUUCUUCCCAUGAUACAAAUUGACUGUAGAAACACCCAGCCAACUGUCCUAUCCCCCUCACGAUCUCCGAGCUUACGAAGUUGACACGCUCUUUCCAAGACUACCGCUCCAGACCAACGUCCCUCAAGAAUCUCAUCAUUGUCCUUCUCGUCCAUACGGUCAAUUUAAUCCUUAAUUCCGACGAGAUUCGCAAAGCAUGCCGCAAUCCUUUCAGCGCACCCAUUGGGACAGGCAUUGGUGCUGGGACUAGCGUCUCCAUCGGUUGAAUACUCUCCGCAGUCCAAACCACGAAUCUUGAC